GAGAGAGAGAGAAAGAUGUGUGUCUGGGCAUGGCAUUGAUAUUGUUUUUGAUUUGGUAUUUGGUCUCUCUCUCUCUCUCUCACACAAUCCAACAAUACUCUUCUUCUCUUCCCUUUUUCCCUCAUUCAAUUGAUUUUCCAACCAGCCAGAGCUGUUUCAUUUGCAUGUUGCAGCUCUCUCUCUCUCUCUCUCUCUUGAUGGAUUGAAUUGUUUCAUAGAUAGAUAGAUAGACAUAAGACACUCAUUCAUCAAGGAUCUGCAAUGAAGACGCAACCUCAGCCUGACGGUGUCUCCGCUGCUCCACCCAAUCCCUCCCAAGAGAAGAAGAGCAUAAACCAGGAGCUAUGGCAAGCUUGUGCGGGGCCACUGGUGAACCUUCCCCACGCUGGGACUCACGUUAUCUACUUCCCUCAAGGCCACAGCGAACAGGUUGCGGCUUCUUUGAAGAAAGACGUCGACGCCCAAGUUCCCAACUAUCCCAAUCUUCCCUCAAAGUUACUCUGUCUCCUUCACAAUGUCACCUUGCAUGCUGAUCCUGAAACCGAUGAAGUAUAUGCUCAGAUGACACUUCAACCGGUGCCUUCUUUUGACAAGGAUGCUUUAUUAAGGUCAGAUCUUGCUCUCAAGUCAAGCAAGACCCAACCUGACUUUUUCUGUAAACAACUCACGGCAAGUGAUACGAGUACUCAUGGAGGUUUCUCUGUACCUCGCCGAGCAGCGGAGAAGAUUUUCCCCCUUCUUGAUUAUUCUAUGCAACCUCCUGCUCAAGAACUUGUGGCCAGAGAUUUGCAUGAUACUGUUUGGACAUUCCGUCAUAUAUACCGCGGACAACCAAAACGUCACUUGCUUACAACUGGAUGGAGUCUAUUUGUCAGUGGAAAGAGGCUUUUUGCCGGAGACUCUGUUUUAUUUAUAAGAGAUGAAAAGCAGCAGCUUCUUUUGGGUAUCAGACGAGCUAACAGGCAACCUACCAAUAUAUCAUCCUCAGUACUAUCAAGUGAUAGUAUGCACAUUGGAAUUCUUGCUGCAGCAGCCCAUGCUGCGGCAAACAACAGUCCCUUCACCAUCUUUUAUAAUCCUAGGGCUAGUCCCUCAGAAUUUGUUAUCCCAUUAGCAAAGUACUACAAGGCUGUUUACAACCACCAAAUAUCACCUGGCAUGCGUUUCCGAAUGAUGUUCGAAACUGAAGACUCGGGAACAAGAAGGUAUAUGGGUACUAUUACAGGUAUCAGUGAUCUUGAUCCUGUGAGAUGGAAAAACUCUCAAUGGCGUAAUUUGCAGGUUGGUUGGGAUGAAUCAACUGCUGGCGAAAAGCGUAGCAGGGUCUCAAUCUGGGAAAUUGAACCUGUGACUGCUCCUUUUUUCAUCUGUCCUCCGUUCUUUAGAUCCAAGAGGCCAAGACAACCGGGAAUGCCUGAUGAUGAUCCAUCUGAUUUUGAUAACCUCUUCAAGCGGACAAUGCCUUGGCUUGGUGAUGAUAUGUGCAUGAAGGAUCCCCAAGGUCUCCCUGGCCUGAGCUUAGUUCAAUGGAUGAGCAUGCAGCAAAAUCCUGCUCUCGCUAGCUCAUUGCAGCCAAAUUAUGUGCCUUCCAUAUCAGGAUCUGUUCUGCAAAAUCUUCCUGGUGCAGAUAUUUCCCGUCAGCUUGGGUUUUCUGCUCCACAAAUUUCUCAGUCAAACAAUUUAGCCUUCAAUGCUCAGAGGCUACUUCAGACUUCCCAACAAGUUGAUCACCUUCAGAAGCUACCAUCCGCUUCUAGCACAUUGGGGACAGUCCUGCAGCCGCAGCAACAGUUGGGUGAUAUCACUCAACAACCUAGGCAGAACUUGGCAAAUCAAACACUUCAACACAGUCAAGUUCAGGCCCAACUCUUGCAUCCUCAGAAUCUUGUACAAACCAACUGUAUUCUUCAACAGCAGCAACCAUCCAUUCAAAACCAUCAACACCAUAGAAGCCUCUCUCAAAACCCACCACAGCAGCAGCAGCAACAGACAAUUAUGGGUCAGAAUCAGCAACAAAGUUUGAUCCAAUCCUCUAUGCCUGAUCAUGUUCAACAAUUACAGAUGUCUGAUAAUCAGAUUCAGUUUCAUUUGUUACAGAAGCUUCAACAACAAAAACAAACGCUCUUAGCACAGCAAUCUGUACAGCAGCAGCCUACUCAACUUACUCAAAUUCAGGAUCAGCAGAGGCAGCUUUUAGAUAAACCACAGAACUUGUCUAGAGCAUUAACGCCUGGUCAAGUGCUGGAAAUUCCUUCUAUACUUCAAAAUUCACUCCCUGAGGCUAGUUCUAUCUCACAUCAGAUGACAAAGGUUAAUGCCCCGAACAAUAUUCAAUUCUCUCAUCUGCCUCAGCAGCCAAAGCUUCAACAGCAGCAACCUGGCUUGCUGUCUGAAAUGUCUGGCCACAUGGGACUUCCCCCUACCCCAACAACCAACCAGCUCUCUGCUGCUGGCGGUGGUAUACUGACCAGAGCAGCUGGUGUCGGGCAAUCUGUAAUUACUGAUGAUGUUCCAUCUUGUAACACUUCACCUUCUACAAAUAACUCUGCCAAUGCACUUCCACCACCGAUAAAUUCUGGACUCCAUAGAAGCACAUCAGUAGUGGAUGACAUGGCUCAGUCUGCUGCCACAAUCUUGAGUUCAAGUGGCUUAGAAACCAUGUCAUCAAAUGCAACCUUGUUGAAAGAUUUACAGCCAAAGGCUGAAGUUAAGCCUUCUCUGAACAUUUCCAAAAAUCAGAAUCAUGGAAAUUUUGGUCCUCAGACGUACUUGACUGGUGGUGCUGCCCAGACAGAUUAUUUGGAUACAUCAUCUUCUACAACAUCAGUUUGCCUAUCUCAGAGUGACGCUCAUAUGCAUCAGAAUAACAACCCAUUAUCUUACAAUCCACAGUCGAUGUUGUUUAGAGACAAUAGUCAAGAUGGGGAAGUUCAGGCAGAUGCUAGAGGCAAUAUUCCAUAUGGCAAUAACAUUGAUAGCCAAAUGGGAAUGCCACUGAAUCCAGAUUCCAUUUUAACCAAAGGCACAUUGGGGCUGGGGAAGGAUUUAUCUAAUAAUUUCUCUUCAGGAGCCAUGCUUGGUAACUAUGAAAAUAACAGAGAUGCUCAGCAGGAACUUUCAUCUUCAAUGGUUUCACAGACAUUUGGAGUCCCUGAUAUGACCUUUAAUUCAAUUGAUUCCACAAUAGACGAUAGUAGCUUCUUGAAUAGGGGUCCAUGGGCUCCACCACCAGCACCGCCACCAGCACAGUUUCAGCGAAUGAGGACAUACACCAAGGUAUAUAAACGGGGAGCAGUGGGAAGAUCCAUAGACAUAACACGGUAUUCAGGUUAUGAAGAGCUUAAACAGGAUCUAGCUCGUAGGUUUGGCAUAGAGGGACAGCUGGAGGAUCGGCAGAGGAUAGGUUGGAAACUUGUCUAUGUAGAUCAUGAGAAUGAUGUUCUAUUAGUGGGAGAUGACCCUUGGGAGGAGUUUGUUAACUGUGUUCGCUGUAUUAAAAUACUUUCUCCUCAAGAAGUGCAACAGAUGAGCUUGGCUGGAGAUUUUGGCAAUGGUGGCCUUCCAAAUCAAGCCUAUAGCAGCUCUGACGGUGGGAACACUUAGAUGGAGUCCAGUAAUAUGCUAACUAUUCUUCCACAUUGGUUACUUAGGUUGUUUCAAGGAGACAUACAUUAUUGUCUCAAAGGUGGUUAUUAUGCCAUUGGGAACGUUGUUGUCCUGCAUCGGGACUUAAAAGUGAUCUUUUGCAGUUGUAAGGAGAAAUUUUGGAGCUGCUUUGUACAUGCAAAUUUGAAGAUCCAAACAACCGUGGAGAAGCUAACUGCUGCUAUUGCAACAAGUUCAAUCAAGGUGUUAAACUGGUAUUGAAUCGAAUGUUUGGAGCCCCUCGACAAAGUUAAUUUGUGUUUGAAGCCAUAGAUGUUGUAAUAUUGAUCAAGAUUGUUCUCGGCAUGGUUAGAAAUAUUUAAUUCACUGUAUUGUAGAAAGAAAGGUUUAAUAUUAUUUGAUAGUUUUGAAUGUAAAAAGUUCUAGUUUGUUUUUCCAUUCAGAGGAAUUGUUGACAUUUGAAUAGAAUGAUGGCUUGUUGCUUGGGCCUUUGUAAACACUAGGCAGCUAGAUUUUGCGGAAGAUUUCACGAUCUUCCACGGUAUCCAAGUGGGUUGCGAAACAGAGAA